GGAGAAGCUGGAAUGAUGACAGCCGGCAGUACUCCUCCCAUUCUCUUCUCCGAAACAGCCUCUCACCACACUGUUCUCUCUCCCCGUCCCAUCUCCUCUCUCGGAUCAGGAAUAGGGGCCACGUCCUGUCUCUCUAACUGGCUGCUCUACCAAGGCCACUGCUAUGGGUAUUUCCUCGAAAAGAUGACCUGGUCAGAUGCUGAGAUGCAGUGUCAGUAUCUCCACAAAGGGGCCCAUCUCACCUCCAUUCUCACUGAGGCAGAAGAGGACAGGGUGGCCAGCUACAUCAGCAACUCACAGUCCAAGGAUAGCGUCUGGAUCGGACUGCACGACCACCGGCAGUACAGACGCUGGAGGUGGACAGAUCGCUCCCUGUAUUACUACAAAGCUUGGAACACUGGGGAACCAAACAAUGACCAUGGUGUCGAGUACUGUGUCGAGCUGCCGAAUUACAGGGAUUUUAAGAACUGGAAUGAUAAAGACUGUCAGACGAAAAAUGGCUACGUUUGCAAGUAUCGACCCUAGCGAGGGGAGUCGCUCUCCUGCGCCUGAAGGGGGAGCUCAGCGCCUGGGAUGUAAAAGAACUGGGCUCCUUGGGCAUGAUCAGACAAGAUCCCAGACUUUCCAAUGCCUUUGCUGCAUCAAGGGACAGUCCUCUCCCUCCCUGAGAGACCAGAUCUCACUUCCCCAGCUGCAAACUCUCUUCCCCGAAAUGUGUCUGCUCUAGUUACAUUCCUGCCCCCUCCCCUCAGUGGCUGCAGCCCACAACAAGAAUAAACUCUCCUGAGCAUGCAGUUCUGCGUGUGUCUCCUCUGUCCCAAUCCUGGCCCUGCAUAGAGGCGUCCAUCCAGCCCCCUCUGACUGUGUCCUGAACUGCCCAGAUCUCAGUGGAGGAGAGGAAGGGGACCCUCAGAGGGAGGCAGGAUGGGCCUGGCCUUUUGGAUAAGGGACAGGACUUCGUCUCCCUCUAGAUAUCUGCAAUAACCAGAGUUUCUUCUCUCUUCUGGCCCACCCAUCUCCUCCUGGUCUCAUCUCCACUCAGACACACAAAGCAGGGACGUUUCUAGCGGUUGUGUAAUCAUCAGGCCCCACCAGAGCUGGAAGCAUUUGCCACAGUACUAAGCAGGCUGAGGUCCCUGAAUACCACCCCUUGGACCUUUUUCCAACUGGUCAGUGUUGGAGAGUGACUGGCUUAUGUUACUACACCUGGGGGAAUUCUGCACCACUGUGUGUGCAGAAAACAUGCCCCUGCCCCCCACACUAAGCCCUUCCACACUUGGAUCCUGCUGGGCUGAGCCUGCCUGCCCACACCUGGUGUG